GCCGUAUCGUUUUUGUUUGUUUGGUUUACAGCCAUGGCACAAGCUGCUGGUGAACAAAACUUUUUGGACCUUUUAGCAGAACUGGAAAAGCAACCUCCAGGGUCUGCACCUGCCGUAGAAAACCGAAUACCGUUUGAUUUUCUUGAGCUUGGACGCUCAGGGGAUGUUGCCAUUGUACCGGAUGAGGAAAGGCACAGGCAGUUGGGUGUGCCACACGAGAGGACGACUCUUCCACUGGGUCUCGGCCCUUUCGAUGCGGAGACGGUUGAUGAUAUUAAAAGCGACCUUGCGCAAAAGUAUCUUAUGCCAAAACCAACUCUAGACGAUGACAUGUUAGAUAGAGCUCAACGUUUCGUGGAUCGGGAACCAGAUUGGUUGAGCCUACUUCAUGUUGAGCCUUCAAAGCGGCGGACGGACUUGAAGAUCAAACGCGAUGUUGUUACAGGGGAAUUGGACUUCUGGAACUGGGAAGAGGUCAUUCUUCCUGACCAUGCACUUACAGCAAAGAACUCCACUUCAGUUCACCGCGAACCGGCGGGAAUCUCGGACUUCGUGAGAGGACAUCCCACAAAUUUGCCCUUUGCCCCAGGUGGGCUGGAAGCAGUGACACUGGUCGAAGAUGAGCCCCUGGAAGAGCUGGAAAAGCAGUUGGAGGAAUUAUUAAAGUUUGACGAAGAUGACCUCCUCAUGGUACCGCCUGGAUUCGAUCGUGGCCUGAUAUUAAAUGACCAAGCUCCAAUGAUCGCAGCGCCCAGAAAGACGAUGCUCAACAUUCAAGAGAUUCUGACUGGUGGAGACGAUUUGGCAUUCGAAUUUCUUAAGGAAGAAGGAGUGAAUAUGCCUACCGAGCCGGAAGCGACAUCUCAACAGGAGGAGAAGAUCUCACCCUCCACCGAGGAGGGAAACGAGGUAGACGAACUCCUUCCAGAUAAGCCGGAAGGUCUACCCCUUCCUCCACCGAGACCCAAGGCCAUUGCACACAAAGAAUGGGCGCAUGUUGUGGAUAUCAAUAACGACUUUCCAGACUUUUACGACCUUGUGCCGGAACUUGCGCAUGAGUUUCCAUUUGAACUCGACGUUUUCCAGAAGCAAGCAGUGUACCAUCUUGAAAAUGGUGAUUCAGUGUUCGUUGCUGCACAUACUUCCGCUGGAAAAACGGUGGUGGCUGAGUAUGCGAUUGCGUUGGCUCAAAAGCAUAUGACUCGUGCAAUUUACACAUCGCCCAUCAAAGCCUUGAGUAAUCAAAAGUUUCGCGACUUCCGCACCACGUUCGAGGACGUGGGAAUCCUUACGGGCGAUGUGCAAAUCAAACCUGAAGCUAGUUGCCUUGUCAUGACAACAGAGAUUCUGAGAAGUAUGUUGUAUCGGGGGGCCGAUCUGAUUAGGGAUGUGGAAUUUGUCAUUUUUGAUGAGGUCCACUAUGUGAAUGAUAUUGAGCGGGGUGUCGUGUGGGAAGAGGUCAUCAUCAUGUUACCCGCCCACGUCAAUCUCAUUCUAUUGUCGGCAACUGUACCAAAUACCAGAGAAUUUGCAGACUGGGUUGGGCGAACAAAGAAGAAGGAUAUUUAUGUGAUAUCCACGGCGAAGCGGCCUGUUCCACUUGAACAUUUCUUAUACGUACCGCCCUCAGAUAAAGAUUUACAUAAGAUUGUUGAUGCUCAAAAGAAGUUCUACGUCAACGGGUGGAAGACGGCUCAGGAUGCUUUAACGGGACGAAAGAAGGAAGUACCUAGAGUGGCUCCUGGUGGUGCUGCACCCCGUGGUGGCCGAGGAGGUGCUCGAGGAGGUGCUCGGGGAGCUCACAGAGGCGGAGGGGGAAGCGGAGCAAAUUUUGUAAGCGCAGGAGGUGGACGUGGAGGAGGACCAAAUGCUAGGGCUUCGGGACAGACGGAUCGCAACAUGUACGUCCACAUGCUUGGACUCCUCAAAAAAAAGCAACUUCUUCCCGUGAUUAUCUUCACGUUCUCCAAGAAGAGAUGCGAAGAAUAUGCCAAUGGACUUGUCAAUGUCGACUUUACGAGCGGUGCUGCAGAGAAGAGUGAGGUGCAUGUUUUUAUUGAGAAAUGCGUGUCGAGGCUGAAAGGAACCGAUAAAGAGUUGCCGCAGAUUUUGCGAAUGCGAGACCUGCUGAGUCGCGGGAUUGCGGUACACCAUGGCGGCUUGUUACCCAUUGUGAAGGAGAUGGUGGAGAUUCUCUUCACUCGUGGACUGGUGAAAUGCCUGUUUGCUACAGAAACCUUUGCGAUGGGCGUCAAUGCUCCAGCCCGUUGCGUUGUCUUCUCUUCGAUAAGAAAACACGACGGCCGGUCGUUCCGUGACCUGUUACCUGGUGAGUAUACCCAAAUGUCUGGCAGAGCUGGGCGACGUGGACUGGAUGAUACCGGAGUCGUGAUUGUGGCCUGUAACGAUGAAGUCCCUGACACUACCACACUCCAAAAGAUGCUCCUUGGUCCUCCCACGAAGUUGGAGUCACAAUUCCGCUUAACUUAUAACAUGAUCUUGAACCUCCUCCGUGUGGAAGCGCUCAAAGUGGAGGAAAUGAUUAAGCGCAGUUUCUCUGAAAAUGUUGCUCAAAAGCUGCUACCGGAACAACAGAAACUGCAUGCUGAGACGACCCAAGCGCUUUCGACGCUUGACAGACUCGCCUGCGCGAUUUGCGGACCUGACAUUUACCAAUACUACGAUCUGUCAAGUCGGAUAGUGCUGCUUCAGCACGAGCUCCGUGAGAGGAUCAUUAAAACUCCAGUUGGCGCAAAGGCGCUAGCCGUUGGCCGAGUUGUUGUCGUCAACAGCAGUUUUUACAGGAAUUCUGUCGCUGUGAUUCUUGGUACAGGAGCAGCUCUUGAGGGAGGAAGAUCGUUGCCGACGAUGGGCACUCGUGGCGCGGACUCAGAUAGGAGCUAUGCAGUUCUGAUUUUGACCAUGGCGCGGGAGGAGCAUCCAGUUUCUACUUUUAAAGAUAUGGCGCCAUUGCCAGUGACGCGUGUAUCUGUUCCCCCAAUCGGAAGAAUCGACCAGGUGGUUACCACCGUUCCCUAUACAGAUAUUGCCGUCAUUACAAAGUUGCAGAUAAAGGUGGACGCGGACAUCAUCUUGAAAAGACGGGACCGGGAUGAAAUGUCCAGAUCUGGGCAGCAGCUUCUCCGGUUGGCUGAAGAGAUGAACGAGGGUGUGGAGAUCCCGGAGCACGACUGGAGCAAGAUGCGGGACCUCGACUUUCAAGAACGAUAUCGAGAGAAGGAGUCUCUGAUGAGACAGCUGGACUCCUUCCAGUGUGUCCGAUGUCCUGAUUUAAUUGAACACUACGCACAAGUUUACAACGAACGGCUGUUACAACAGCAAGUUGCAGAACUCGCGCACUCGAUUUCCGACCAGAAUCUUGAGUUACUUCCGGAUUAUCAUCAACGAGUAGAUGUUCUCAAGGUUUUGCGGUUUGUGGACGAGAACGGGACAGUGACGAUCAAAGGACGCGUGGCCUGCGAGAUAAACACCGCAGACGAACUCAUUUUGACAGAGUUGAUCCUGGACAACGUGCUUGCCGAAUACGAACCUGCUGAGAUUGUUGCGCUAUUGAGUUGCUUUGUCUUCCAGGAGAAGACCCAGAGUGAGCCAGUUUUGACUCCCAGAUUGGAAACGGGAGUCAAAACCAUCAUUGAAAUUGGCACCCGAGUCGCAGAAGUGCAACGUAAUUGCGGACUAGAUGUGCGCUUGGAAGAUGUGAUGGCGGGUCUGAAAUUUGGAUUGGUGGAGGUCGUCUAUGAAUGGGCACGUGGAUUACCUUUCAAACAUAUCACAGACUUGACAGACGUACUGGAAGGUUCCAUCGUCCGCACCAUUGUACGGUUGGAGGAAACUUGUCGUGAAGUGCAGGGGACAGCUCGCCUCAUUGGUGACGCUAGUUUGUACAAAAAAAUGGAAGAGGCUAGGGAGAGCAUUAAGCGAGAUAUCGUAUUUGCAGCUAGUUUAUACUUUUAAAUCAUGAUUAGCUAGACUAUACUUUCAAAUCAUGAUCAAGGAUAGGUGUCAUUUACAUAUAUUCAUGGACACUGUCUAAAUUUACAUUCCAAAUAUUCGU